ACACCCCCAUAGUGUACUACUAACUUUCUUCGUUCUUCCUCUCCUUUCUUGAGAGGAGCAAAACAAUGGGUUCCUUAAUUGACCUCAAUCUCCACCCGGAUCCACCCAACCCCACCGCCGGCUGCUCCACUUCCGCCGCAACCCUAAUCACCCCCAAAAUCGAACCCAAAUUGGAACCCCUCGACCACCCACCUCCUAACCCUAACCCUAAUCUGGGUCUCCCCACAACUCAACCAAUUUCACACCCAGAGCCUGUUCCAGACGAAACCAAUGUCUAUUCAGAGUUCGACAGGAUAUCCGAGAUGUUUCUCACCGCAUUUGCCAACAAGAUUGAGAAAAAAGACGACUUUAUGCUUACAGACCCUGACGCACAAGCAAUUGUCCCAGUUCCAGAACAAACCCAUGAAGAAAACCAGCUUGCUAAUGCUACAUAUCGCCGGAAAGAUCCACCAAGAUCCUCGGAACUGGUUAGGGUUUCAAAUCUUGGAACCGAAGACGAGAGGUAUUUUCGAGAGGUUAUGAGGAAGACCCGGAUGAUUUAUGAUUCACUUAGGGUGUUAGUUGUGGCUGAGGAUGAAAAACGUAGGUCUUUUGAUUUCGUAAAGAGUCCGAGGUCUCGGGGGGAUUUGAAAGCAGCUUCGGUUAUGAAAGAACGCGGUCUGUGGUUGAAUCGCGAUAAACGGAUUGUUGGGGCGAUACCCGGGGUUAAUGUGGGUGAUGUGUUCUUUUUCAGGAUGGAGUUAUGUGUUGUGGGAUUGCACGGGCAGGCGCAGGCGGGGAUUGAUUAUUUGACGUCCGGGCAGAGCUCCAACGGGGAGCCCAUUGCAACUAGUGUCAUUGUUUCCGGUGGGUAUGAAGAUGACGAGGAUGCGGGUGAUGUGAUUAUAUAUACGGGGCAUGGUGGGCAGGAUAAGCAUUCCAGGCAGGUGCUUCAUCAGAAGCUGGAAGGUGGGAAUCUUGGUAUGGAAAGAAGUAUGCAUUACGGGAUUGAGGUACGCGUCAUUCGUGGGUUUAGGUAUGAAGGGAGUGCUAGUGGGAAAGUUUAUGUUUACGACGGGCUGUAUAAGAUUGUUGAAGCUUGGUUUGAUGUGGGUAAAUCGGGUUUCGGAGUGUUUAAGUUUAAGCUUGUUAGAAUGGAGAAUCAGGUUGAAAUGGGUAGCGCGGUUCUUAAGUUUGCGGAGAAUUUACGAACCAAACCUUUAGAGGUUCGGCCUACGGGGUACGUAAGUUUCGAUAUAUCAAUGAAGAAGGAGAGUAUCCCUGUGUUCUUAUUCAACGACAUUGAUAACAAUCACGAGCCAAUGUACUACGAUUACGCAGCCACAACCGUUUUCCCCCCUUUUGUGUAUCACAUAGGAGCGAAGGGCGGUGGUUGUAAUUGUGUCGCCGGAUGUUCACAAGAUUGUUUUUGUGCUAAGAAAAACGGGGGCGACUUUGCUUAUGAUUCAAAUGGCCUUCUAGUGAGAGGAAAACCGCUGAUAUUCGAAUGUGGACCCCACUGUCAUUGUCCUGCCACUUGUCAAAACCGUGUGAGCCAAAAGGGUUUGAGGAACCGAUUUGAAGUGUUUAGGUCACAGGAAACGGGUUGGGGAGUUAGAUCAUUGGACUUGAUACAAGCGGGUUCGUUUAUCUGUGAAUAUACCGGAGUUGUACUUACAAGAGAGCAAGCGCAACUGUUUACGAUGAACGGGGAUAGUUUAGUUUAUCCAAAUCGCUUCGGUGAAAGAUGGGCGGAAUGGGGUGAUUUGUCUCAAAUAUUUACCGAUUACGUACGCCCAACGUACCCGUCGGUUCCGCCUUUGGAUUUUGGUAUGGAUGUUUCUAGAAUGAGGAAUCUUGCGUGUUAUAUGAGCCACAGUUCGUGUCCGAAUGUGUUAGUGCAGUUGGUGCUUUAUGAUCACUCGAAUAUUGCGUUUCCUCACCUUAUGCUUUUUGCAAUGGAGAAUAUUCCUCCUAUGCGAGAGCUUAGUCUUGAUUAUGGAGCUGCAGAUGAGUGGCUGGGGAAGUUACCCAUCUGUAACUGAAUCGGUUUCUGACUUUUGGUUUGUUUUUUGUCUGUCAAUGCAGAUUCUAGGAUGCAUGAUGCACUGAGACAGGUAGACAGUGAUUGGUUGGCAACUCGAAAGUAGACAAGGUUUUCCAUUUUCUGGUUGUCAAUCUGUUACUUAACAUCUGAUGGCGACGGUAAAUUCAGGCAUUUUAGAGCAAAAGUCGGUUGUUAUUUUGCUUUGCUGCAGCAGAUUAUGUUUUUAGGAUUAGAAUGCUGGUGAAUUUUGUUGUAGACGUUUAUGUGCUAGGAUCAGCAAUCAAUAGUACUCGUUAGCAUGUAUGUAUAUAUAAAAGUUCAAAUUUACUACAAUGUUUGUUUGUAAACCAAAAUGUUUAAAUAAUUUGAUUCUGGUGUUCUUUUCAUUUA